AUGCAAGGCGCGGCUUUCUGGCGGCUGGAUGGAGCACGGCGUGAUGGCGCCGACGAGCGCAGGUCAGAUUACACGAAGAUUUCUCGAUUUUUUGCGAAGUCACAGCAGCCGCUACCUCAGUUGAUGCUUCCAAGUUUUGAGGUGUGCUGUGCGAGGGAGGUAACUGUAAAGCAGCGUUUCUCCUUGGAGCCCAGGGUGUAUCCUCCUCCAAAGAGGCAAAAGGCGGUUUUUCAAGCCGGGGAAAGCACGGAGAGAUCCUUAUGUGCUGAAUCUAGCUUGUGGACACACAAGUAUCGGCCGAGAACGAGAAGUGACAUUGUGGGGAACCAAGUGCUUAUCACGCGUUUGCAUACUUGGUUACAAACAUGGGAAGAAAACUUUGCUUCCAAGACGAGAUCAGUAAAGAAUGUUAAAAGAGCUGUUAUAAUCAGUGGGCCAUCUGGUGUAGGAAAGACAUCUGCUGCUGUUGCUGUUUGCGAGGAACUGGAUUUUAGCCCUGUGAUGGCUGUACAUAGAAAGACCUGGAAUAUACGAGCUGACAAUCAGUGUCUAACAACAAAUCUUGGACUAAGUAAGAAGGUUGUCCUUAUAUUCGAUGAGAUAGACAACAUCGACGAGACAGCGAUUCAGGCGGUGCUUAGCCUUUUACAACAGGGACGGCUUCCGAUUAUGUGCAUCUGUAAUGACAUCUACGACAAGAGGCUUCGCAGGCUCAUGGAAUAUUGCUCAGUGCUGAAGUUCGAGAAACCCAGUAGAAGUGAGAUCUUAAAACUCCUCAUUCAAGUCCAAGAAAAAGAGUGUUUACGUGUGGACAAGUUAUUUUUAAGCUCGCUUGUAGACAGCGCACAUCGCGACGUUCGCCAUGUUUUGAUUCAAAUGCAGUAUGCAUGUGCAGGGUAUUCUCUGAACUCAGAAGUGGAUGUUAGAGAUGCUUGCUUGGGCUCUUUUGGGACUAUGGACAGUUUGUGUGCGGAAGCGGGUGAAGGAAGAGGAGCCAAAACUUCAUACACAAUAGAAGCUCGCCUGAACAUGGUUCUUCAAGAUGUCGGUUUUAUAUUCCUUCUUGUUCAGGAAAACUAUCUUAAUUACAAACCUUGCAGAGGAGCAUCCAUCCUGAAUGCCUUCUCGAAAGCUUCAGAUUACUUGUGCGAUGGAGACGUGAUGGACAAAAGCAUUUGCCGUGGCAGACGGGAGCUGUCUGAGCUUUUCUCGAUGAUUUUGGUUCUUACCUGCUCAUCCAUUUUGCAAGGAACAAGACAAUCCUUCGACACGACUGCGGAUCACAAACUAAGAUUUCCAAUGUGGUUGUCUAAGAGCUCUAAGAAAAGGAAUUUAUCCUUUAAGAGAUGUGAUCUGGAUACUCCUUCCUUCCUCAAGGGACAACUCAAAAUAAGUGCUGACGAUAAUCCCAAGAAUGUUCAGCAUUUCAGCUCCAAAGCUCCCGAUCCUACUCGAGCUUCAGAGGACCUGUUUGCAAUACUGAGACAUCGAUAGAAACUCAGUUGUUGCACUAAAAGCUUCCUUGUUCCAAAGCCGCGAGUCCAAAAGUACCAAACGCUGAUGCCCAGCACACGUCACGAUGGAAAGCUCCUCACAAACCAGUCCAUCAUGUAAGUCUCAAAGCAGGGAAAAGUUGGACGAGUGGGGAGUGGAGGAGUGCAACUCGUCGGCUACCUCAUAUCGUCCAUCGCCAUCAUAACAUAAAUCAAGAACAUGCACCGGAAAGCAUUACAGGUUGCGUGAUUUUGCUCGGUAGUACAUUCUGCCUCGUUCUUAAAACUCGGUACUAAACUGUGGCUCGAGUCCAGGUAGAUAACUUGCGGACCCCAGCGCCCAUCCAUCCAGAUUCCAGCUUCGAGAUCGUUGAAAACUCUAUCAAAGUAUAUUAUUAUUGCUUGGA